AUGAAUCCAGUCACGACGAAACCGACUUAUCUCAACUAUCGCGCGACCUCGAACACGCCAGGUAUCCCCUCGGGCAUUCGUACUAGCAGUCCUGCCUCUUCAGCAUCCGCCCCAGUGCUCAACAGGUUGCCCUCAGCCAGUCCGAGCAUUCCUACCAAUCCCACCGGCAACAGCAUCAUCCUCUACGUCCCCAAUGUCGCCUCGCCCACCCUGUCCCAACAUCUCUCUGUUCUCCUAUCCUCCCUGCGCGUUGCUGCCGUGCACUUGAUCGGUCGUCGCGACGUUGUGCUCAAAAAUCUACGCACCGAACUCUACACUCUGGCUGGUCGCAUGAGGAGCGAUGUCCAGGUCUCAAUCACCUUGACAGAAGGCGCCAAAGGCUUGGAGACGGCCGUAAGAGACAUAGGAGCCAGGAGGCAGAAGGUCCUGGGCGCUCUCGUCUGCGAAUGGGACGAGCUGCCCGAGGAAGAAGAAGAGCAAGAGAAGGAUGUAUUGACCAUUGACACAGACGAGAUCGAGGCCAUGUGGAAGGCUUCAGUUCUUCCAUUACACGCCCUGAUCCGCAACCUCCUACCUCUCUUUUCCCACGCCACUACUACCGAGACGCCAUCGCACCCCUCAGCGAUGCCAUUCAUCUACCUCGACACCUCUACACACCUCUCGACCUUCGCAACGACUUCCCGUUCCGCUCUGUUGUCCUCGCUCACUUCCUCGCCCGCAACCAAAAACAUCACCAUUGGCCCCGCGAGCGAGUACCUCGUACCGGCCCCCGUCGCAUCGGAAACACAGAGCAUGAGAAGUCUGCAGAUCGAUACGAGCAAUGGCGCAAACAGCCGAAGCAAUGGAUACACGGCUGGUUCUCCGGAGAGCAGCCCUCUCUUCGGCGCUGAGAGUCCGACCAAACUCUGGGCCAGUUGGGCUGCUCAAUACGAGUGA